GAAUUGAGAGUCGGCGUUCGUCAUGCUCGCGCUGACGCUGGGCGCGAGUGUCAUUCUGACUCAUAGUUUUAUUAUUUAAGAUAACAAUUCACUAUGUAUUUAAGCGAUCUUGCAUCGCAUAGAGCGUCUCUUUCGCUUUCAGAUUUUUUAUUUAGUUUAUUUUAUUUGGCGUUCACUUCACUCAAAACAACCGAUUUUGUGCGGAGCACGAUAAAAACGUCUUCACACGUCGGCGAUCGAAUUAUAUUGUCUAAACAAUGAGCAGAAAUUAAUUAAAAUUCUAGUUAUUCGCAACAGCAGACGAUUUGCAAAUAAGUUUCUGUAGAAACAUGCAUAUCUUCAACAGUCCGCAAAUGAUAAACAUAUCUUGUUUACUCAGCGCCGGUGAAGUACAAAAUGAUCUAUUCGAAAGUGUCACAACAGAAUUAAAGCAGAAACAAGUGCAAAAAUAACCAUACAAUUUACUCAUGCGGAGUGGCUAAUUAAUUUGCUUAUAAAGCACAAAAAUAUCACUUGGAGCAUGAAAGCUAGGGUCAACCUAAAAACAGUGGGCGCCACAAGAUUUCGCACAGUUCAGAAAUUUCCCAUUCGAUUGGAAAUGAAAUUCGAUUUCAACGUGCCUUUUCAUCCUUCCUUAGAAAAAACAAAGUGCAAAAAUUUGAGAAAAGCCAGACGUGCAAGUUGUAAAUAGAAAAACAAAUAAAAGUAAUUGUAUAAUUUAUGCAUCGCGUAAAAACAAAUGGACUAGAAAUGGAACCACUAGUUUUGAGGCUAAUUUGGAUGGAUUAUCCAUUUAUGAAUCUGCAGAUACAUAAAAAAAAACACAUAUUUCAGCAAAUUUUCCGGAUUUGGAGGUUUGUCUCUACAUAUAUCGGCACUUUUGUGGUGCGUUCUCAUAAUGGAACUAUUUAUGGAUCCGGUGUUUCUUUAGUUGCAUUGGAAAUAAUAUCAAAUUGCACCUUAAUACCACGCGCGGGCAAUUCACUUGAUAUAAUUUUUUUGUGGAAUGCUAAUAUUAAAAAACUUUCUAAGGUCACAAUUGUAACUGAAUUUGGUUAGAAUUCUAUCAGCACUUCGAUACGUUAUUACCAGUUGCUGUGGGCAAUGUUAGAGUUAAUUGAAUUCUGAACUUAAUAGAACUUAAAUGACGAUCAGUUUCGCCAUAGUUUCAGCGCUCCAAAUGUGCACAACCUUUGCCGCCAAUGUCCACAAUCGCACUGACUUCUCCCGAUUUCUGCGGUCGCUUACGCGGCCGGCUGCUCUGUUGCAGCGCAGUUCUUCUAAUUAUUAUACAUUAUUUUUUAUUUAUACCGAAUUUAUUUAGUUAUCUACAUCCACGGGAGCAUGUGUGUUGUUUGGCAAGAGUAUCUAUUUAAAUUCACCGGCAAAAAGCAUUGGAAUCAGAAUCCCAAUCUCAGUUGCACUCGAUUUCGCUCUCUUUCUCCUGAGAGUUACGUUCCGUUAUGUUACGUAUACGCAACGUUAUGUUUACGAACUCUGGAGGUGUUCCGUUAAUGUGUUAUCAAUUGGAAAAAUUAGAAUCAGCAACGUGAACUGGGAGUUUUAUGUAUACUCAUACGAACGUAUUAUUCAAUUAAAUGAACACGAGGGACUGCAACUGACUGCCGCAGAAAUAGUUGCACUCAAUAAGUAAUAAAACAUGUUGCUGAUUUUAUACAUAUUUUACCAUUAGCAUUACCAAUGCUAAUUUAUAAAUAGUUUAAAUCAGAAUGAAAUCAGGCUCGAAAGUAUAUAAUUCAUUAAAUAAUUAUGUGUAGAUGCGUAAAUUUUUUUUUUUUUUUUUUUUUUUUUUUUGCUAGAAAAACGAUUGUCCAAGCUGUUAAAAUCAGUCAAUCUGCCCAUGCCUAUGUCUGUCAAAACAACCAAAGUGUCAGUUUUCCGGCCUGUCAUUUUCAAAAACUAGUAUGUCAAUAAUAUUUUAAAAUGACGUUCGCUUAUGUUUAGUUAUCACUUUGUACAUCGGUAUUAAUGAAACAAUGAGUCAUAUUUUUUGCCAAUGAUUGCUGUUUCAAACAGACAACAGCUGUCAGUUGUAUCAAAUUAUAUUAGAGAUAAACAUUAUGUUGGUGUUAUUCAAUUAAUCAAAGGCGUUUCAAAUUACGAGCUUUAUGAGCUUUAUGCAACUGAUAAGCACUCAUUUACUCUUCAUUUGUGUUCUUGAUCUCUGGCUGACAUGACGUAUCUUUUUGUGUGGAUUUUUUUGUGCUCAUUGGGAUCUUGCCAGUUGGCGUAUUCCAUGUUUUUGAAGCAGCCCUGUGGAAAAACACCAGUCCCGAAAAUUAUUUCAGGCUCAAACGCAAGUCAACAAAGUGCUCAGUAUAUGGCAGGCAUUUUUAAUACAACACAUUUGUUGUGCGGCGGCACGAUUAUUCACGAAGAUUUUGUUUUAACGGUUGCUCAUUGCAAAAGUACACAAACGCUAUUCGUGAGACUUGGAGCGUACAACAUUAAUCACCCGACCGAUCAGAUUCGCGUAAUCGAAACUAUAGCCCAUCCACAAUACAGCAAUUCCACUUAUGCCAACGAUAUAGCCCUGGUGAAGUUGGAGAGGAGUGUGAUAUUUAACCUUAAUAUUCAACCAAUAUGCAUUCACUUGGACGCAACAUUGGGCAAACAAAUACGCUAUUAUAAUGCCUUUGGAUGGGGAAGAACAAGAAAUGCCGAGCAAAGCGAUAUACUUCAAAGAAUUUUUGUUAAUCGAACCAACCCAAUGAUAUGCCAUCUCUAUUUGGGAAUGAGUCCCGAUCCGAAACAGAUAUGUGCGACUACCGACCAAGGAGAUACAUGUGCCGGCGAUUCUGGCGGUCCGUUGAUCAGCAAAAUUACUUACCAGGGGAAGAAUUUCGAUACACAGUUCGGGAUUACCAGUUAUGGCACCAGGGAAUGCAAUGGAGUUGGUCUCUAUACCGAUGUCUCACAGUAUAGUGGCUGGAUUGCAAAUAUAGUUAGGAGCAAACAGGAUCGUAGUGUGGUCAGUAGGAGGAGCAACGGUAUGUUUCUGUAUUCUGACUGCACUGGCGAUUCCAUCGGAUCCAUUCUAAUGGCAACCAUCGUUGGACUUCAAUACUCCGCGAAGGGUGUACUGAUCACCGACCGCCAUGUCCUAACCACUGCGGACUUUUCCCAAGACAACCCCUUCUCCUUAGCCAUUGUUGUGAUGGGUAUGGAAUUCCAAGCUAGCGCGAUUUUUAAGCCGUUUGCGGACAUUAACAUAUCACUGAUUAGCCUGACGCGUCGGUUGGAAAACAGAGGUGCAUUGAGACCGAUCUGCAUUCUGGAAACUGCAAACAUCGCUGGUUCUUUAAGAAUCACUGGCACAGGUCAAUAUGGCUUAAGCAAUUACGUUAUAAAUGUGCAAAGCCUUAAUUGGCAGUUGUGUGAACUUGAGUUGAGGAGAAAUAUCGAACAGAAUCAGUUUUGUGUGAAAAACACUUUCCAACCAAAUGCGCUUAAGCAAUUUGGUACAGCUGGCGAUAUAUUGGUUAAAAAAAUAUUGAAUGUUUCGGGCAUGGUCCAUUUCGUUCUAUUGGGCUUGGUAGACGUUUCGCACAAUGACGUAUACGUAAUAACCAGUGCUAUGGCAAAUGCAGAAUGGAUCUCGAAAAUAGUAAAUCAGAAUGAAUAGGGUAUCUGGAUUAUCGGGCGAUUUAAUCGAAAACUACACAAGCAGUAAAUAAAUUUAAACACAAUAUCAUUUCAGUUCUCACAACAUUUAUUAGCUAUUUAGUUUAAGUUUGUGUGUGAAACAAGCAUAUAUUAUAUUAAUUAAGGGCAAACUUAUCACCAAUCACACUUGACUCUUUAAGUCGAAAAAAUGCAAUCGCAUUAAUAAGCUUAUUUAUGAAUUGGGGUUCUGAAAUGAGAAGCUGAAAGUGCCACUAGAUGAAUCUAGUUAGCAGGGAAGAGAGCAGAAGCAAGGAGAUGGAGGCCACAAUACCAGACGCCGAUCCGGUGUCAGCCUUCUCGUGAAUCACAAUUCGUUCCUCGAUCUCGGGAUACACGAAAUGGCGCUGCUUCAGGUACUCCAUGGUAGCAUUCAGAUCGUUUCGCUGCAUGCUCUCGGUGAAGGGAUCCGACUCCUCGAUCAGAGUGUAGCCAUCGCCGCCUUCCAGCAGGAACUGGGGCACGAUCACUUGGUACAGGGCCGUCUCAUUGAUGCUCUUGUACGUGGGCACGGCGCAGCUGGCGCAUAGGGCCUGUGCGGAAACCACUCGCUUGCCCUGCUCAUUGUUGUAGUUGUACACCACACGCAGUCCGGACAUCUGCAGGAAUCCACCAUUGGAGUCCUGCAACCUCACAGACGCGGAGUGUUCCAGGGCAGCCAGAAGGGUGCUUCCGAGAAUCCUUGUCACGUACAGAUUAUUCUCGAACGGAAGAACGGCUAAGAGGGUGGCGCCAUUGAUGACUCCAUCAUCCUUCUUAUCGACGGAGCCACGGAUUCCUAUAAAAUAUGUAGAUCCACGUAAUUUCGAAUUUCUCUAAUGACACCAAAUAAAACACACCUCCUCCCUGCAUAAAAGCAAUCGCAGUAUCUGUCCAGAAUUCGCCGCCCUUGUUUUCCAACACGCGACUAUAGAUCAUGGCAUCUGUCACCAAGUUGCCAAGGUUGCACUCCCUCAUGCGGCAGAUGUUGCCGCCCUCGAGAAACACCUUAGUGUAACCCAGAACCGUGUUCUCCAGCUCGUCCAGCUUGGGGCGGUAUUCGUCUAGCAAAUCCAGGAGAUCCUGCUCCUGAGCUACAGAGGCAUUCAGCAAAAUGGGAGCGCCAUCAAACUCGAUCAGAUUUCCCUCGGCAUCAAACUGGAAAUAUUCGUAUUACAAUUAUAUUCAAAUUUCUUUAAUAAUAAUCCAGAUAAUAUAUAGUGCUUACCUGAACAUGAAUCUUUCCGAGAUACUUGGUAUACGCGUAUGCCUGAACCACUGGUACCUUCUUGCCGCUCGCCUGCACCACUGUGGUGGGAUAGGGACCUCGAACCGCCUCCGGAUCAGAGUCCGUGGGAUCGGCCACCGGCUGAUUGGCAUCUAAGAAUGUGUGCGAAUGGCCACCAAUGACUAUGUCCACCUCCGGGCAGUUCAUGGCUAUCUCCUGAUCCUUUUGGUAUCCAGAGUGACCCAAAGCGAUGAUGAUAUUGAUGCCUUGAGCCUUUAGCUUUGCGGCCUCCGCACUGCGGAAUAAAUGAACAUGCAUUAACAUCCUUGCUCUCCAGCGGAUUUGAGCUAUACCCACUUGAUGGACACGAUUUCCUCCUCGUACUCCACUUUGUUCCGAAAGGCAAGCACCUUGGUAUCGGGCGUAAGGUAACCGAUAACGCCAACCUUCACCCCAUUUCUCUCGAGGAUCGUCGAGUUGGCCAGCUGCUUGGCAGCCGCCAUUUCCGGAACAUCGGUGAGGUUCAGAUUACAGGCCAAAACAGGGAAUUCCACGGCAUUUAGGAAGGGCACCAAACCCUCAACAUUCUGAUCAAACUCAUGGUUGCCCAGAGACUAUUGAAAGGUAUAUUGAUGAAAUAUAGUAAGAGAAUGCGGAAAACAAUAAAAUAAUAGUUACAAUAGCAUCUGGCGAUAGCUUGUUGAGGAAAGCACUGGCGAUCUUGUCCUUAUAGACGGUGAACCAAGCAGUUCCGGUAUAGGUGUCACCUGCAUUGAGAUAAAACACUGGAGUUCCACCCUCCUCCGCCUCCUUGCGAUACUUUCGCACCCUAGUUGAAGUUCAUCAGCAUGAAUAGUUGAACUCUAGGCAAACUGACCGCACUUACUCGUAUGCCACCCUGGCGAAUCCUCCGUAGCACUGAUCCGUAUUGGCCUCCUCCUUGGAGCAGGUGCCACUGGUCACACUCGUCUGCUCGAAUCGGGCGUGCAUGUCAUUGUUGUGCAGAAUGAUGAACUCGGCGGCAACUUCCGCCCGGGGUGCAAUGGGAUUCGGCUGCACAGGAUGAAUCAGUAGAGCCAGUAGGCAGCAUGAUCCGAUAAGGAGACCACGGGCAGGUAACAUUUUGGUGCUGGAACAAUAAACACAACAAUCGCUGAUAAGUUAUCACACACGAAGGGAUGAAAUGUGGGUGGAUAAUCUUCGGUGAAUAAGCACUGAUUCGCGCACGGCAACUGGUUUGUCAUAAUCAUUGUUUUUGCACUCAUGAAAAUCUAAAAAUUUUAAUAAAAAAUUAAUGCACUGCCACUUAAUGAAGCGUGUUUUAAGUAUUAGUUCGUUUUCUUAUCCGAAUGGUUUUACACAUGUAAUGGAAACACUUCAAACGUUGUUAACCAGAUUUUCUACUUAGACUGUUGAAGGUCCUUUUCGACCUUAUCACCAAUCCACUGCUGAGAGGCAAAUAUUUAUCAAUCACGAGCGCGCAGAAAUCGCAAUUUAUAGUUUAUUGGGUGUUUUAAAUCUAAUCGCCGCUUAUCACUUUGCGUGUGCAAAAAAAAAACACACAAAUCCCCAGCACAUUCUGCUCGACAAAUUUCUGCCAUCGCGGUCCACUUCACUCGGUCAACUGGUUUUCGAUUGAACUCGGAAACGAGCUCGAACUUCAGCUUGCUCAUGGCAUUGGCCUAAAAGCUAACUCGGCUCAAAAAGGCCCGAUCGAUGUUACUUCAGAAGCAACGAAUUACCAAAUACCAACGAUCGCUACUCACAUGCACUCGUCGCACGGUCCGCGGGCUAACUGACUGACCCACCAAAUUGGCUGAGAGUGCGAGAACCGUUAUUAGCCGAAAACAUAAAGCCGAGUACCUUAAACAGCAAAACCGAAAUUUACUGCCUCGCGAAGCGGACUGAUUACGAUAAGGCCUCGUAUUGCGAUUGCGGGUUAAAUUGGCUGAGAAUGACAAUGCGAUGCUCUUUCUGCAUUACCCCAUUGUAUUUCGAUGUUUUGGAAGCCAUCGGAAGCAGACAUAUCGCGCGAUAAUCGUCGGUUAUAGAUCAGAUAAUGGUGAAUUGGCUAUAUAUUUAUCUGACUCAUAGCCACUCAGACAGAGGCAGGUAGUUGGCCCAACAGUUGUCUAAACACAACGUGACAUUCCCACGCCGAAAUAUGGAUUGUACUAAAAAAUAUAUACAGUGCACGCUCGCUACGGAGAAUUUACAUUCGGCGUAACUCUAGCAUCAAACAGCAUUUACUUGUAAGUGAUCUAAACACAUGAAUCAAAGAUCACGCAUUCGAAAGGAUAUUUUUGGAAUAUCUAUAUCUGUAAUUAAUAUUUGCACUUUUGUUUCAUAGUAAAACAUUUUCACUGUCACGAAAUUAUAUGCAACAUGGUUGCUUACCUAUAUUUAGAGUAUUUACUGUACAUGUUUAUUGACGCACCAUUAACAACAGUCCGCCGAUUGUGCCGAGUAAGCCGAUCUUUGUUAUUAAUUUCCCGAAAAUUCCAAGCAAGUGUCUUCUGCGAACUUUCAGGCACAUUCGAUUGAUGAACAAUGAGGCCUGCUUGUUGCACAGAUUUAUGGCCGCCAAAAUGGAAGGAUAGAUAAAUAUUGGAAAGAUGAAUUUCACUCAACAGCCGCGUAAAUUACUUUAUGAGUUUACUGCGAAGUUCUACCCACACGAAAUGAUCACAAUUGCCGGGUUUUGGGCCACAGUUCAUCCCCAAAUUAUCCGCUGCCACUUGUCGCGUGCUUCUCAAACUGUUCAAUCAUAUAGUAUGUAUAAUGGCUCAAUAGACACACGACAGCUGCGGCUGUGGAUAAUGUAUUUGCUAUUUACUAUUUGCUGCCUGUGUUCGGGCAAAUAACUCAAAAACGAAAGGGAAAGGUACAACUUUCCUGCUCGAGAUGUCGCCUAAAUAUAUCCGAAAGAUACAAGAUACAACAGCAAUUGAGUUGGUUCGAAAAUAAAUAGAAGAUGCUUCGGCCAAGUUUAACUGAAAUGGGGAGAGGAAAACCAGCACGCAAUAUUACACAAUGUCAAGUGUACGAUAAAAAUGAGAUAAAAAUAAUAUAUAUGAUUCAAUUUUGAUACGCCCUUAACAACAUCAAGUGCUUAUCAAGUAAAUAAUGUGUACACACACCAUUGCCGACAUACUAAAUGCAAAUAUCCAAUCCAUCCAUAUCAUAAGUUCACAGACUUGACGUCUGGGCGUGAUUAUUUAAAUGCCCCUUCCGAAAUUGCGAAACAACAAUUCGCUGAGAUAGUGUCAAAUUCGCAGCCCCAAAUAAAUCGAAUAAUGCCCAAUUUCCUUGACCAUAAAUAAACAUUUAUUGCUAUCAAUGAGAUUGUUUCUUUUUUUUUUUCUUGGGACAGGAGAUUCU